AACCGAUCCAGUCAAUCGUAUUCUAUUCGAACUGUGUUUGCAGGCAUUGCCUUUGUACGGAUCCCCCUACCGUCUCGUCAACAAAAGAACGACGUUAUUGCUAUCGUAUUACCAAGCAACAUAAAUUUCAACCAUGUCCGGGACAAAUGACCCCUUGGACGUAGUCCAACAACUCAUCGACAAAAACAAGGAUUCUUUCGGACAGAUGGGGUUCGGCGGAUGUGCGUAACGAUUUCUUUUGGAUUUGAAUAUUGGCAAUUGCGCCMCCUACGCAUUUGAUGAGUGACUCACCCGUUGUCAAAUGUUUCUUCCUCUCUGCGCUUGUGCUCGUCUUAAUUAUUUUGUGGUGCAGUCAUGGGAUACUGCUCUGGUAUGGCGUUUCGYAAAGCCGGAAGAGCCGUGGGUGUAGUAAUUGGACUUGGUAAGAAACAAAAWUKUUCUUGUUCCGUCCAUACCACAAUGGUAUACUUUGUUCCUCAUUGUUCGUUUUUAAUUUGGUUUCAACAAAGGGUUCAUGGGCUUACAAACGGCGAAGAGUAUGGGAUACAUCGAUGUCGACUGGACUAAGAUCAAAGACGACGCCAUUAAGCCAUUGGAUACGGUACGUUUUGAAGGAUGAUUUGUUCCGCCAAAUCCAUUUMUUUCUGUUGAGCUUUCUUUCGCUUUGUGACUUGGCCCCGAAUCCAUUUAUGCACGCUCUGUUCUCUCACUAAAUUCGUGGCGGUCGAUGGUGACAAUGGUUCGAUUUGAUGCGUGACAAACACUACGAGCAGAACGCCGAUGGAAAGCUAGACGGACAAGACCUUGAAGUGUGGUGGAAGAAAUCGCAGGCCAUCAUGAAAGAUUCGGUGCCCGAGGCGGGAGGAUUUUCGGCUGGAUUUUUGCUCGGCGCUCGGCGUGGAUGAGGAACUAAACCUGCCACCUAAAUUCAUUCCAAAGUUGUCAAUGGGUGUUCUGCGUCAAAGAAUGUCGAGUCUUCGGAACAUCUGCUGACAGAACCAAUAGUCAAUAUGYGAUCAUGAUACACACGAUCAAUAGAAGUGCUAGUAAUACACAUAUGUACACACA